AUGCCGUUUGUGAAAGUCUUAAAGAAUAAGGCGUAUUUUAAACGCUAUCAGGUCAAAUAUCGUCGUCGUCGAGAAGGCAAGACGGAUUAUCGUGCUCGGAAACGUUUGAUUACGCAAGAUAAGAACAAAUACAAUUCACCAAAGUAUCGUCUUGUAGUUCGUAUUACCAAUACCAAAGUCAUUUGUCAAAUUGCGUAUGCUGAAAUUGAUGGUGAUAAAAUUCUAGCUCAAGCUACAUCGGCAGAAUUACCACGUUAUGGCUUGAAAGUUGGUCUCAAGAAUUAUGCGGCAGCGUAUGCGACAGGUCUAUUGGUAGGUCGUCGAGUCUUGCAAAAACUUGGGCUAGAUGAAGACUAUGAAGGCAAUACUGAAGUGGAUGGAGAGAUUGUCAAGACAGAGAGCAAUGGCCGUACGUACUUUGUCGAUGAAGUUGCCGAUGAGAAACGUCCAUUCCGAUGCUAUUUGGACGUUGGUCUACGUACUACAACCACGGGUAACCGUGUGUUUGGUGCUUUGAAAGGUGCUGCUGAUGCUGGAUUAGAUAUUCCACACAGUGAAAAGCGUUUCCCUGGCUACAGUCGCGAUGACAAGAGCUACGACGCUGAAGUUCACCGUGACCGUAUCUUUGGUGUUCAUAUCUCGGAUCAUAUGAAGGAACUGGAAGAGGAUGAUCCAGAAAUGCUUGCUGCUCACUAUGCUGAGUAUGUCAAGGCUGGUGUGAAUCCGGAUGAGCUGGAAGAUUUGAUUACCAAGGUACAUGAAGCAAUUCGUGCGGACCCGUCACCUGCUCCGAAGAAGGAUUACUCGUUUGAUAAGAAGUACAAACGCCAGGCCAAGCGUUCACGCCAACAGCGUCAGGCUCGUGUUGCUCAGAAGAAGGCCCAUGCUGCUUCUAAAAAUGAGUAA